UAAUUACUGUUAUGUGUCUUUCUUCACUUUGCAGAAAUAUACAAAAGUACAAAGAUUUGUAUGUUGUGUACACCUGCUACUAACAUCCAGUUAGUGUUUCUUUGUGACUUCAGAGAACGUAUAUUGUGAUAUGACUCCUGAGAUUACAUUAGUCACAUUGGGAUAUAGGAAUGUGAGUUCGGCUCCUUAAGUGUUGUACUCUGUGCCUUUUGCUUGAAAAAAUACCUGUUGCUUUUUAGACAUUUAAAGCACACCCCCAGCCUUAAGCGGUCUUAUCUACAUUCUAACCUAGUUCCAAGGGGUACCCUCUCCUAUGUAAGAAGGCUCUAAUGAGUAGUGGAGAGAGGAGGAUUUUGUUUUCUUUCAAUGGCUUCCUUGUUGAAGUUCAGUCACUUGUCAAACAGGAAAACAAAAGCCAGGGCAUGCUGUUGUUUGUGGAUCCUGGUAGUCAUGCAGAAAUGCCAGGAGGGGAUUGGAAAAUGUUAGGUAUAAGCCUACCAAGAGGACCUGUUACAGGGGAACCUGCUUAUAAUGACCUUGGGCACAAAGAAGCCCUGUGUGCGGCGAAUUUGUGCAGCAGGGUAGAGUUAAUAACUCCUGUAAGACUAUAAUAUAAGGAGGCUCUGCUAAGAGCUCUGCAUUGUGAAAAACUGCAUUGGCUGAAUUAACCAAAUCAGAAGGAAUCUUGCACCAGAAGGCAUUGAUCUUGAUAAUCUAACAAUCUGCACAGUCCCACUGAUUUGCAGGAAGGUGGGCAUCAGGACGUUGCUGUUUUUGCUCUGCAGAUUCUUCUGUGGGACCAAAAAUAUAUUUUUAGUGUUUUAAAUUAUACUUAGCAGUAAUUUGGAGCACAUAGUCCCUCAGAACUCACAAAUUUAAAAAAUCUGUUGCAUUUCCUUUCUGGGAGUGAUUCUGGUUCUGAGAACGUAAAAAUUUAGCAUGGCAACCCCAUGUGUUGGGCAUUCAUCGUCAGUCUAUUUUAAUAAUACACCAAGCAGGCGUGAUUGCAAAACCCAAAUUAAAGACAAAAACAAAAACACACCGCCACAUUAAAUUAAAAAAUGUUUGUAGAUCCUAAUGUUUAUAAUGCGAAGUUUCCUUCCUGCCCAGUUUUGGAAUCUGAAUGCCUCUCAUGUAAAAAUUGCUGAUAAAGCACUCAAAUAUGACAUUUUAUGAAGCAUACACAUUUUUAAGAUAAAAUGUGACAUGCCAUAAAUCUCACCUUUGAGGAGAGCUGCGAAGGGAACAGUAUUAAGAUGCUUUUAAUCUUUAGAGAAAGAACGAAAGGAACAUUAUUUCUCCGCCUAUAUCUAGAUUGUUGAGUGGAUCUGGUACACUGUCCCCUUAGCUGUAAUAUAUUUGGCUUCAUUUCAUUUUUGUGUGGAGCUGAAGGGUGUGGAAGAGGUGGUAGGAAUGUGUAAUUCAGGCAGACCCCAUAGACUUGUUCAGAUUUACGAUCUGAAGGUUUGCUAAAUAAUAUAUUUAAGUGAUAAUAAUUGACUAAAUAGGGUAACUGCCUAUUUGUUAGAGCUGUGGCAGGCCAAGCAAUAUUUUGAAAUCUUCUCAAGGGCGUUCUUUAUUUAAAAUAGUGUGGUACUACAUCAAAAACUAAUGAUGUACUGUAUGGUGACUAACAUAAUAAAAUUAAAUUAACUUUAAAAAAAUAGUGUUGCAUUUAAAGCAGUCAUGCAACCAAAUUGAAUUACGUCAAACAUUUAGUGGACCAAUAAAGCACUUUAAUCUGAUAGAACCUAUCACCUCCUAGAUGGUUUGAUUCCUUCUUUUUCUAACAUAUCCUCAGUUCUGACGCCUGUAACAUCCCUUUGAUUGUGGACAGAGCUCUAGGGAGGAAAUGUAAAGGAAAGAUAAUUUAUUGCCACAGAUUCUGGUAGAAGUCAUUGUUCCUUCCUCACCUCUGUCAAUACCCACUCCACCCUUAAGCCGAUUCUUGGAAGCCUCUUCAGCCUAGUGAACUAAAUGAAGAUCAUUUCAUUUUUUUUUCUCUUUAUUACACAUUUCUCUGGUGCAUUUAUGGACUGUAGAAUAUAAUUUGCCUUUGUUAGAAGUUUCCCUUUGUUUUUAUUUGCAUAGAGCUGUCUGCAUUUAUAGGAAAUUUUUUUUACAUGAUGUUUCUGUGAGCUAAGAAGUACAGGAAAUUUUAACAUACAAAAAUAAGACAUUAGUGGGGCCCCAUUUGUAAUACUGAUAUCUCAUUUGGUCUCCAGAGCUUUAAACUUAGAGAUAUGUUUAGAAAUAAGAAUAUGUAUAUAUGGCCAGCAGGGCAAAGAACGUGGAACUUGUUUUUUUGUGAAACAUAAGAAAACACCAGGUCCUGUUUUUUAAAAGGAAAACUAAGUUUGCUCCCUGUCGUGUUUGACGAUAAAAUGGCGGGUAAACAGUAAGGUAUCCCUCCUUGUAGUGUGAACUGUGUUAUGCACGAAGGAGUAGCAGGAGGGGGAGGGAAGGACAGGAAAGGCUGUUUGAUGGGGGUACUUUGAGUACCAGCUAGAGGGAGUUAUCUGUAAGUUGGUAGACACUUGGGAGCCAGGGAAGCAUUUUUCUUUUAAGAAAAAAAAAAAAAAAAAAUAUAUAUAUAUAUAUAUAUAUUUUUUUUUUGUAAAGUAUAUGUAAUGUAGAACUUAGUGUGUCAGCCAUUUUUAAGUACACACUUGCAGUGGUAUUAAUUACACUCACAAUAUUCUGCAACCAUCACCAUUAUCCAUUUCCAGAACUUUUUUCUCAUCCCAUCUGAAACUCCGUACCCACUAAACAAUAACUUCCCAUUUCUCCCCCACCUCCACCCCCUGGCAACCUCUGUUCUACUUUCUGCCUAUGAAUUUGCCUCUUCUGUGUACCUCAUUUAAAUGGAAUCAUACAAAUACUUGUCCUUAUGUGUCUGCCUUAUUUUACCUAGUAUAGUGUUUUCAAGGUUCAUCCAUAUUGUAGCAUGUAUCACAAUUUCAUUCCUUUUUAAGGCGGAAUAAUAUUCCACUGUGUGUAUAUACCAUAUUUUGUUUAUGCAUUCAUCUCUUGAUGGACCUCUGGCUAUUGUGAAUAAUUCUGCCAUGAACAUGGGUGUACAAGUUACCGGUUUGAGUCCCUGCUUUCUUUUGUGUCUAUAGCUAGAAUUGGAAUUUCUGGGUCUUAUAGUACAGGGAAGGUUUUUGCGCAGAGGAGAGACACAGAACUAUGGUUUAAAAAGAUGAACUAGCGCUCGGUGCCCGGCGACGGAGGCCCAGGGAGGUGGGCUGGGUCCCAGCGGCGUGGCCCCACGAGCCUCAGCGGGUCUGGGGGCGGCAGUGCUCCCCAUCUGAGGGGCUCCAGCCCGACAGCAGCGGUGGCGCCCACGGCCCCUGAGCAAACGGAGGACGAGCCCGGAGUAAGGCAAAAGAAUGAAAGAAAUAGAUAAUCUCAAAAGUGUAAAAGAAGAGUGGGUUUGUGAAACAGGAUCUGACAACCAACCUCUUAGUGAUGAUCGUCAAAGAAAUUGUGAAUAUUUUGUUGACAGCCUUUUUGAGGAAGCUGAGAAGGUUGGUGCCAAAUGCAUGUCUCCCACUGAACAGAAGAAACAGGUCGAUGUAAGUAUAAAAUUAUGGAAAAGUGGAUUCACAGUCAAUGAUGAUUUCAGAAGUUACUCUGAUGGUGCAAGUCAGCAGUUUCUGAACUCCAUCAAAAAAGGGGAAUUACCUUUGGAAUUACAGGGAAUUUUUGAUAAAGAGGAGGUGGAUGUUAAAGUUGAAGACAAAAAAAACGAAGUAUGUAUGUCAACGAAGCCUGUGUUCCAGCCGUUCUCAGGACAGGAUCACAGACUGGGAAGUGCCACACCAAAAAUUGUUUCUAAGGCAAAGAGUAUUGAAGUUGGGAAUAAAAAUAAUUUGUCAGUUGUUCAACUAAACAAUCUGGAACCCAUUACUAAUGUACAGAUCUGGUUAGCCACUGGAAAAAGGAUUGUCCAGAAAUUUAACAUUUCUCAUAGAGAGAGACACAGCAAGAGAGGGAACACAAGCAGGGGGAGUGGAGGAGGGAGAAGCAGGCUUCCCGCUGAGCAGGGAGCUCAAUGUGGGGCUCAAUCCCAGGACCCUGGGACCAUGACCUGAGCCGAAGGCAGACGCUUAAGGACUGAGCCACCCAGGCGCCCCAAGAAGCAUAUAUUUAAAUGGUGCCUUAGAAUGUUCUUCUGUGACCCAAAUUCCUUUUAAAUGGGAGGAAGUCAAACUAAUCAGGUGGGAAAUGGAAGAGGGGAUUUGUUAUUCCAGUCUAAGGUUGUUUCUUUUUAGGAAAAUAAAAUAUUUAUUUUUAUUUUAUUUUUUAUUUUUUUAAUUUA